CCCUGGGGGCACUUAAGGGAACUGUGCUGGGCAGAUCCAAGGUGAAGAUUUCUGUGUGAGCACAGGGUACAGAGCAUCCCCCAUGUGAUCCCUGUCUUCAUGGCAGCCUUCAGGUUUUGUCUUAGACAACAUUUGUUUCUUGAAUAUUUAAAAUUUUUUUUCCAACUCUUUGUGAUUAAUAUUAUCAUAGCAGUCAGUGGAAGGUUCAGGGCAGCCAGCUACUUUAUCAUAUCAGCCUGUGGUCUUUGGUGCUCCUGCACCUUCCAGGAGCAGCACAGGCCCCAAACCCUCCCUUCAGAAGCAGUCACUGUGUUCAUAGCUGUUCUGUGGGGCUGAAGAAUGAGCUCCUGCUUUGUGACAGGUUUCAUUUACCUAAGUCAAGGAAUUGUAUCUAUUUUAAUUUAUAGUCGUUUGUCAUUCAUGUGUCAGCGAGUUCCCAGAAAGCUGCCUCUAAGAAAUACUGAAAAUGUCAUGCAAGUUGUGCUGUGUGUAGGCAUAAAUACGUCUGUGCAUGUUUAGAAAGUAUCACUAUGGAUACUGUCAAUGGGCCUCCAUCUCUUUGAAAAUGAAGAGAGUAAUAUGAAAUAGCAGCUGCAUCUAUUGCACCGUGACUCAGUGAGUUCAGCUUUGUGCUCAGGACUGUGGCCACAGUGCAGGGGCAAUAGCAGCCCCACAGUGUGGGUCAGCAGAGGAUAAACCAGUCAGCAGAGUAUAAACCAGUAUACAGAGGAUAAACCAGUCAGCAGAGUAUAAACCAGUCAGCAGAGUAUAAACCAGUAUACAGAGUAUAAACCAGUAUACAGAGGAUAAACCAGUCAGCAGAGUAUAAACCAGUAUACAGAGUAUAAACCAGUCAGCAGUGCCCCCUUGUCUCUGUGCAGAAAUAAAACACAUCACGUGUUCCCCUUUGAGUAGAAAGCACAGCAGCACUCAGUACAAGCCAUCUGUUGGUUUUAAUUCCUCCUCUAUUAAUUUCAGAUAUCAAAACCACUCGUUGGCUUUUGUCUGAAGUGAGGUCUGUUGGCUUUUUUCUCUUGUUCCUUCUAAGACCAUGAAACACAAAAGCAGAUGAGAAGCUGUGCACAGAUUGUGGUGACAGCAAGACAUGGGAUCCUUGUCUCUGCCAUGACAGCCCCAGGACUGGUACAGCUGAUUCCUGAAUUCAGAUAUUGAGUAAAUCAGAAUAAUUUAUGUAGCUGUGAUGCUGAGGAAAACUGGCAUCAAGCACAAUGCAAAAAUGACAGAAAUUAAUUAAAGAGAGUAACUUAACCCCACUGAUGUACUGAACAGAAAAAGUCAAGUUGACACCUGUUUGAGAGUCAGGCCACUUUGGUUUUUGGACAAGGAAUGGCUUUGAGUCACAGGAGGAAUGUGGGUCUCUGGGGAGUGAGGGUAAGAGGAUAAAGAACAGCCCCUGCAGUCUGAGACACGCUGCACCCUUUCUCUGCUGAGCCUCCUGCCUGGGGCAGUCUCAGGAGGAGGUGGGUUUGCCUGGUGGUCACAUUCAGGGUGUCAGUGCCAGGGCUGCAGGCUGGCACUGGGCACUGUGUGCAGAGGGAGCUUCCUGCAGCUCUGUCCUCUCCUGGGCUGCUGUGAGCUGUCUGGGGCAGGCAGGCGCUGAACCAAGUCUGGCCUUUCUGAAUCCUCUCCCUGAAGAGAUUUUGCCAUUGUUUCUCUUGUAUAGAGACCUGGCCAUCUCCUGGGAUGGGCUCAGUCCUCCAGGACCAGUCUCUCCAAUGGGACCACACACAGGUCACUCCUUCAGGGCCUCUGGCACCUCAGUUCAUCAGCUGCCUGUGUUUUCUGACUCCUUCCUGUGCUUGGCCUCUUUUUCCUGAAAACAGUUGACUCAAUGCACAUGUUUGCUUGGGGGUGAGCCCAGCCAGCACAGAGCACCUCAGCUGAUGCUGAUGAGGGCCCCCAGGGUUUAAAUUUCCCCCAGGAGAGAUUGCUUUGGGAGUAUUUGCUUUAUGUGUAGAGGUUGUGCUGAGUGGGCUGCUCCUCUUACACCCGCCUCUGCUGACCCUGAUGGAGAAGCACAGCCUUCCAGCUGUGGAAAUUCUUGCUUGCAGACAUGAGCUUGUGGACAGAUGUCUCACACCAGGGGCAUGCUGGCCUCCUGAACCAUUCUGUGGCCUGGUGUAUUCACGUGUGGCAGUUUCCACCCAGCCUGGUGCCCUGUCCAUGGCUCAGCCUCGUGCAGCUCCAGGGGUUAAUUCCAUGUUAAGGACUGAAACAUCUGCUGGGAGCCCUUUGGUCUGUUGGGCAUUGCUGCUUCUUUUCACACAGGGAAACUGCGGCAGGAGGAACACAAAAUGGCUCAUGCUGACCUCACAUUUUGAAGAGCCAGACCCGGGGGAAUGCAGCCAGGAGCAGCAGCCAGAGAGGUCUGGGGACUGGGAGACGGUGAAUCGGUUGCUUGGUCAGCUGCGAGAGAUGGAGACUGCUUUUGAUGGCUUCUGGGAAAAGCACCAGUUAAAGAUGGAGCAAUAUUUACAACUCUGGAAGUUUGAGCAAAGUUUUCAAGAGGUCAAGAAUGCCAUUGAAUUUUUAAUGGGUCAGCAGGCGGAGCUGCCCGACACUGGGGACAGCAUCCCCCAGGUGAAACAGAGGCUCAAGGACUUGGAGCACUUCGAUGGCAUGGCUCAGGAGCUGAUGGGCAAGGCUCAGGUGGUGAUCCUGCACGGGCACCAGCUGGCAGCCAACCACCACUACGCCCUGAACCUGAUCUGCCAGCAGUGCAACGAGCUGCGGCACCACUGCGACCUGCUGGCCGAGCACGGCAAGAGGAAGCACACGCGCCUGGAGAAGACCCUGGAGCUCCACACCCGCCUCCAGCAGGCUCUGCAGUGCUGUGAUGAAGGUGCCUACCUGCUCGCCAACCAGCAGAUGGACAAGUGCCAGUCCAAAGAAGGCGCUCAGAAAGCACUCCAGGACAUAGAAAGAUUUCUUGAAAGCUCUUCAUCCUACUUAAACCACGAUCCCCAAGCCCUGCUCUACGAUUUUGAGUCCAUUUUAACGCCCGAGUUGAAGGGCCAGGUGCAGUCGGCGCAGGUGAAGCUGGAGAGCGUGCGGGGCAUGUUUGAGAGCAGGCAGGCGUGCUUCAGGAGGCUGCUGGACAAGCACGUGCGGCCCGUGCAGCUCGUGGCUCCCCGGCCAGAGACCCCACCCCGCGCCAAGUCACCCCUCUUCUCUCCCAAGCACGGUGUAGAUUUUAAUUCCAGUUUGAAAUUUUCAUUUGAUCUCUCUCUCCCUGGGAAGAAAACUUCAAGAAAAACUCCAAGUUCUCGCAAGAUCGAGGUCAUGCACGACUACCAGGAGAAGAGGAAUUCCUUGCAGUACUUCAUUUCCGACAGUGAGGACAGCUUGGAUGUGCUGAAAGGCCAUGUCAUAAACGAGCUUAUAGAAACAGAGAGAGUGUAUGUGGAGGAGCUCUUCACUGUCCUGACGGGCUACAGAGCUGAGAUGGAUAACCCUGCCAUGCUGAUGCUGCUGCCCCCCGUGCUGAGGAACAGGAAGGAUGUUCUCUUUGGGAACAUGCCCGAGAUCUACGACUUCCACAACAAGAUUUUCCUGCACAGUCUGGAAAGCUGCCUGGGGGCACCCGAGCGAGUGGGCUGCUGUUUCCUGGACAGGCGGGAGGAUUUCCAGAUGUAUGAGAAGUACUGCCAGAACAAGCCCCGCUCCGAGUCCCUGUGGAGGCAGUGCUCCGAGAGCUCCUUCUUCCAGGAAUGCCAAAGGAAGUUAGAGCACAAGCUGGGGCUGGACUCCUAUCUGCUCAAACCAGUGCAGCGCCUCACCAAGUACCAGUUACUUCUGAAGGAGCUGCUAAAGUACAGCACGAGCUGUGACGGAGUUCAGGAACUUCAGGAGGCUCUGGUUGCAAUGUUGGAUUUGCUGAAGUCAGUCAACGACUCCAUGCAUCAGAUUUCAAUCACAGGAUAUGAUGGUGACCUGAGUGAGCUGGGGAAGGUGUUGAUGCAGGGAUCCUUCAGUGUGUGGGCAGGACACCGAAAAGGGCCCACAAAAAUGAAGGAUCUGGCCAGGUUCAAGCCCAUGCAGAGGCACCUGUUUCUGUAUGAGAAAGCCUUGGUCUUCUGCAAGAAGAGAGAGGAGCACGGAGAUGGAUAUGACAAAACCUCAUCCUACAGCUUCAAGCACUUUCUGAAAAUGAAUGCAGUUGGGAUAACUGAGAAUGUGAAAGGAGACCACCGGAAAUUUGAGAUCUGGUACAGUGGGAGAGAGGAGGUCUACGUGGUGCAGGCCCAAACAGUAGAUCUGAAGAUGGCGUGGUUGAAUGAAAUAAGAAAAAUUUUGUUCAAGCAGCAAGAGCUUAUAAAAGCAGGGGAGAAGCAGCAGCCUGGCUCGUGCUCGGAGCAGCUCCCACUCUCCUCCCAGCUGGGGGACAGGAAGCAGCAGAGAGCCUCCAUCAGCUCAGAAGAGAACGACUCGGAGCGCACCAGCCCGGUGCUGCUGGACAGCGGGCUGCUGUCCCCCCAGAACAAACCCCACAGAAGCUGGCCGGGAAUGUCGCAGUCCCUGGAGAUCUGCGAGGGGCUGGAGGAGUGGGCAGGCCAGCAGUGCCUCUCCACCUGCUCCGACACCGAGGAGGAGGAUGGCAGCCAGCUGUCUCCAGGGAAAUACAAAGCCCUUGCAGACUGCAAGAGGAGGGGAUCAGAGGACCUGCUGGUGAAAAACGGGGAUGAAAUCCAGCUCUUGCAUGAAGAUGGUGAGGGACAGUGGUUGGUGAAAAACCUAAACAGAAGAAAAGAAGGCUGGAUUCCUGUGCACAGUCUGCAGAUUGUAGUCGGUGACUGCAGGUUUCGGAAUGCCAAAGUUGCAGAUUUCAUUGCACGAGCACUGGGUAGAAGACCGGGGAGAAGAGAUGGAGUCUGACCAGGCAUUCCCAGGACUGUUUUGCCUCCUCCCUGCUGUAGCUCACUCCCCGUGUGAGCAGCAGGUACCUAAGCAAACUCCUCCUGCUGCAGAGACAUCGUGGCCUGACCCCAGCACUCCAAAGGCAAUACUUCCUCCCUGCUGCCUCACUCCUGCCCUCACUGCUGCCUGCUGGUUAAUCCACCCUUAGAGGAAGUUUAUUACAAACAGGUUGCCAGGUUUCAGCCAAAGGCUUGGAGUCUCCAAACCCAGAGUUCUCAUUUUCUAGCUGUAACUGUACAUAGAAAUAGACAGGGAAGCAUAAGAGAUGACACAAGAAAAUGCCUUAAGAGCAGCCCGCUGCCCUUGCCAUGUCCACAGUGUCACUGCUCCAUGUGUUGCCUCAUCACCACGCUGUCCUCUGCAAGUGGGAGAGCAGGGCUGGAGAUGGAACAGCUCCCACGUAGACUUA